AUGAAAAGAAGAGAAUUCAAUGGGCAUUUGGGAUGAUCUCCGAUCAACAGCCAUCAAACUAACCACCGGUUACCCGCCGCCAAUCACUGAUCUUCCGGUCACCGGCGCCGUGAGAGCAAAGGAUCCUCAGAAGCUGAAUUAUUACGCUUGGAUUCUGAACAAUAUCAGCAAAUUCACUGUCGAUUCCGCUUCCAACAAACCUCUCAAAGGAGUUCUCGGUGGUGGAAAGGAAGGAUUGCAAGAUGAAAACCCUUUUCGUGCAUCAGAUGCAUAUUUGAUGGAGAAGAAGUUGCGAGAAGAAGAAAUGAACCAAUUGGAACAGCAAAACGAGAUACUAUCAACUCAGAAUAAGAAGAAGAAGGUAAAGGAGGAUCCGGAAUCUAUUGGCCUUACCAUGUCAGAGUCAAAAAGGAUUUUCAUUCGAUCUCGGCUAUGAGGUGGUGGUCCUGGUGGAUACAUUACUUCAACUGUUUAGUAAUGUUGCGUUCUUACGAGGAAUUUCGGAAGUUGAUUUUCAAACCAUAAUCACUAGAAUUACCAAAACCAAGGACAAAUAAAUGAUCAAUGAGAUACAUAAUAACCCCCUUACAAAUGUAUCAGAUAUUAGUUAUGUAAAGUAUAAAGUAUAAGAAUGUAUAAGUUAUAUAGAUUUUUUUUCUUGUUUGAAGUAUAAAUAUAUAGUUUAUUGUUGUG